UCUGAGUCAUCCUCCUAUCUUAAUUUAGUGAAUCAAGCAUUCUUCAACUAAAUUUAUUAAUAAGUGGUAUCUUGAGAUUUUUCUUUUAAGAAAUUUCCAAUAAAUUUAAGUAAAAGUAUUCAACGAUAUAAAACCUACGGAAAUGAGUAGUGAACCGAUUGGAACUGCGGUCGGAUAUGGCAGUGAUUCCAUACCUUCAACAAGCCAAAUGCCAUUGUUGUCUGAGUUAUACUCCCAGGUUGACUUCUACAUAGGAGUGGGGUUAGCAAUUAGUUCUUGCUUUUUUAUCGGAUCCAGUUUCAUAAUAAAGAAGAAAGCUCUGAUGCGUUUAAAUAGACAGGGUGAGAUGCGGGCAGCUGCGGGUGGAUAUGGAUAUUUAAAAGAAUGGAUUUGGUGGGCUGGCUUAUUAACAAUGGCACUCGGUGAGGGCGCAAAUUUCGCAGCUUACGCGUUCGCUCCUGCUUCGCUUGUAACACCAUUAGGUGCUCUAAGUGUGAUUAUAUCAGCAGUAAUGGCAUCGAAAUUUUUAAAUGAGAAACUUAAUCUUUUGGGAAAAAUUGGUUGCCUUCUAUGCAUCUUGGGAUCUACCAUCAUCGUAAUACAUUCACCAAAAGAAAAAGAGGUUGAAAACUUAGAGGUGCUAUUUGAAAAAUUACAAGAUCCUGGCUUCAUUUUCUACGUGCUUUGCAUACUUGGCUCAACAGUGUAUGUCGCGCUUUUCAUUGCUCCCCGAUAUGGGCAUUCAAAUGUUACGGUGUAUAUAUACCUUUGCUCAGGCAUCGGUUCUUUAACUGUAAUGUCGUGCAAAGCGCUUGGACUUGCAAUUCGAGAUACCAUAAAUGGCACAGGUAACGAUUUCAAGACUUGGAUGCCAUGGUUCCUGAUAUGUGUAACUGUAACAUUCAUCGCUAUUCAAAUGAAUUAUUUAAACAAAGCUUUAGACGUUUUCAACACAGGCAUAGUAACACCGGUGUAUUAUGUUAUGUUCACAUCCCUUGUGAUAACAGCCUCUGCAAUACUAUUUAAAGAAUUCACACAUAUGCGUUUUGAAGAUAUAUUAGGCGACGUGUGCGGCUUCUUUGUAGUAAUCUUAGCUGUUUUCAUAUUGAAUGCGUUUAAGGAUAUGGAUAUUUCUUUGAAUGAUGUGCGCAGCAUUAUGCGACCCAAAAUGCAACGAAUUUCGCAAUUUGAUGAGGAAAUAUUGGUAGCGAAUCCCAAAGAGCGACGAUACUCAUAUGGAUCUGGUGAUAUUUUCCGAAAAGCUUGACGUAAACAACGUCAUCGUGUUUAAGUAAAUAAUUUUGCCCUGAAUGUUUAGUUACUAGUUUUGCGUUGACGACCAAUAACGAUCACAAUGCCUUACCUACAUUUCCAAAUCUGCCCAAAGGGACUAACUUUAGAAAAUUAGAUAUAUAUAUAAUUUAUAUACAUAACAUGUAUCAGUAGUAUUUGAUAAACCUAGCGGUAAAUUAAACAGAGAUUAAAUAAUUAUGAAGUUUGGCCAUUUGUAAAUUGGAAUAACAACAAUUAGUAUUUAAUAUUUGUUCAAAUAAUAAAACCACAAAAUAAAUUUUAGUAUAAUGGCAAGAACAUAUUUAAAU